GGGAACGGACGCGGAAGGAGGGACUCGAAGCGGCCGUCGUUGUUGCUCGGAGUUGGGGAGCGAGUGAGAGGCACUGGACGCGACUAUCCUUCGGCCGCGCGUUCGUUCUCCUGCCAAGGCGGAUCGCGUUUUGGGGGAUUCCCCCCCCCGCCGGAGGAUUUGCUCUUUCCGUGUGCCCAGCAGGGAAGCUGCGAAAUAGUACUUGAGAGGGAGAGGAGGAGGAGCAGGUCUAUUACUUUCUCUUCUUAAAGUUUCCUGCUGGUGCAGUAUGAAGUGCAGCGAUGGCACGGAGAGGUAAGACGGUGGUGAGGACGCUGGAAGAUCUGACCCUCGACUCAGGUUAUGGUGGUGCGGCAGACUCUGUCCGGUCCUCCAAUUUGUCCCUGUGCUGCUCCGAUUCCCCCCACGCGACUUACCCCUAUGGAGGAAACGGCUGGCAGCAUCUAACUGACUCGAUGCACAGUAGACACAACAGCUUGGACACCGUCAACACUGUCCUGGUGGAAGACUCCGAAGUGCUGGACUACCCCGAGCAGCACUGCUCCAGGCUGCUGCCUGACCUUGAGGAGGUCCCCUGGAGCCUCGACGAGGUGGAGGCGGCUCUCCUCCUCCUGCAGCGCAAAGAGGCCAGGGGGCUGGUGGCGGUGGCCACCGCGGCCGCAGCCAGCUCCAGCAGCGCCGCCAGCUCCUCUACCGUCAGCAGCAGCAGCGGAGGAGGAGGCGGAGGAGCCGGCGGCGGCGGCGCCCCCCUUUCCAAAGAUGCCCUGGCCAGGCUCUCCACCUUGGUCAGCCGGGCGCUCGUCAGGCUGGCCCGGGAGGCGCAGAGGCUGAGUCUGCGCUUCGCCAAGUGCACCAGGUACGAGGUCCAGAGCGCCAUGCAGAUCGUCCUGGGCUGGAGCCUGGCUUCCAGCUGCACGGCGGCUGCCCUCAGCGCCCUCUCCCUAUACAACAUGAGCAGCAGCGGCGGCGACCGCUUCAGCCGAGGCAAGUCGACCCGCUGCGGCCUCACCUUCUCGGUGGGCAAGUUCUACCGCUGGAUGGUGGACAGCCGCGUGGCCGUCCGCAUCCACGAGCACGCCGCCAUCUACCUGACCGCCUGCAUGGAGAACCUCUUCCGAGAGAUCUGCGCCAGGGUCCUGCAGCUCGGCGCCGCCGCGCCACCCCCCCACCCCCAGACACAACAGCAGCAACAAAACAAUCCUCCGCAGCAGCAGCUGCCGCCGCCGCCGCCACUACACCAUUACCACCACCACCACAGGGGUCAGUGCUCUAGCGCCGGCUCUGGCGCUACCGCCGCCGCCGCUCUACUUCCCCCGGCUUGUGGAGCGCCGGCUACCGCCGCCGCUUCUGCAGACAACAAGGACCGGGAGAGCAGCAGCAGCAGCAACGCCACCGCCGCCGCCGCCAACGAAGCGCCAAAGUUUACGCCGGAGACUCUGGAGCAGACAGUCAACAACGACUCGGAAUUGUGGGGUCUGCUGCAGCCUUACCAGCACCUCAUCUGCGGGAAAAACGCCAGCGGUGUCCCUUGCCUGCCAGAAAGUCUGAAUCUUCACAAAGACCAGCAAAGGUCAAAUAAGCCAGGGGAAGUCCAGAUGUUUAGCCAAUCGGAGUUACGGACCAUCGAACAAUCUUUGCUUGCAACGCGUGUGGGAAGUAUUGCAGAACUCAGUGAUCUGGUGUCUCGAGCAAUGCAUCACCUGCAGCCACUCAGUGCGAAGCAACAUAGCAAUAGCACUCCUAUGCACCACAAGCAGGGGUCGCUCUACUGGGAACCAGAGGCUUUGUACACGCUCUGUUAUUUUAUGCACUGCCCACAGAUGGAAUGGGAGAACCCAAACGUGGAACCUUCCAAAGUCAUGCUACAGACGGAAAGGCCUUUCAUUGUGCUGCCACCUCUGAUGGAAUGGAUAAGAGUAGCUCUGGCUCAUGCAGGGCACCGCCGCAGUUUCUCUGUGGACAGCGAUGAUGUACGGCAAGCAGCCAGGCUUUUGCUACCGGGAGUUGACUGUGAACCUCGGCAGUUGAAAAUUGAUGACUGCUUCUGUGCUUCUCGGAAACUGGAUGCAGUAGCUACAGAAGCAAAAUUCAAGCAGGACCUUGGGUUCCGAAUGUUGACCUGUGGCCGAACAGAUCUGGUCAAACAGGCCAUAUCUUUGUUGGGGCCUGAUGGAAUUAACAGCAUGAGUGAACAGGGCAUGACUCCACUGAUGUAUGCUUGUGUGAGGGGUGAUGAGGCCAUGGUCCAGAUGCUACUGGAUGCUGGAGCAGAUCUAAAUGCUGAGGUUGUCAGUACUCCUCAUAAAUAUCCAUCCGUCCACCCCGAGACCCGCCAUUGGACCGCUCUGACAUUUGCUGUGUUGCAUGGACAUAUUCCUGUAGUUCAGCUGUUGCUGGAUGCAGGAGCCAAGGUAGAGGGUUCUUUGGAACAUGGCGAGGAAAACUAUUCAGAAACUCCCUUGCAAUUGGCGGCAGCUGCUGGAAAUUUUGAACUGGUUAGUUUGCUUUUGGAGCGAGGCGCUGACCCCAUGAUUGGAACCAUGUACAGGAAUGGAAUUUCUAUGACUCCUCAAGGCGAUAUGAACUCCUUUAGCCAGGCUGCUGCACAUGGACACAGGACUGAACACGUGCAGCUAGCAAGAUGUAAGCGUAUAAGGAACGUGUUUCGUAAGCUGCUGGCUCAACCAGAGAAGGAGAAGAGUGAUAUCCUGUCCCUGGAGGAGAUACUGGCUGAGGGAACUGACUUGGCAGACAGUGCUCCAGCUCCUUUAUGCGCCAGCCGCAACAGCAAAGCCAGACUUAAAGCUCUGAAAGAGGCUAUGUAUCACAGUGCCGAACACGGAUAUGUGGACGUAACCAUUGACAUAAGGAGCAUAGGUGUCCCAUGGACUCUCCAUACAUGGUUAGAGUCUUUGCGAACUGCCUUUCAGCAGCACAGAAGACCACUCAUCCAGUGCUUGCUGAAAGAAUUUAAAUCUAUUCAAGAGGAAGAAUACACUGAAGAACUCAUCACACAAGGGUUGCCAUUGAUGUUUGAGAUCUUGAGGGCAAGCAAGAAUGAAGUGAUUAGUCAACAACUGGCUGUCAUUUUCACUCAUUGCUAUGGACCCUAUCCUAUUCCCAAGCUUAUUGAAAUCAAACGCAAGCAGACAUCUCGUUUAGAUCCCCAUUUUCUUAACAAUAAGGAAAUGUCAGAUGUUACAUUCCUUGUAGAAGGAAGACCAUUUUAUGCGCACAGAGUAUUACUAUUCACUGCAUCUCCAAGGUUUAAAGCCCUCUUGUCCAGCAAACCUGCAUCUGACAGCACUUGCAUUGAAAUCAGCUAUGUGAAGUAUCCCAUUUUCCAGCUUAUAAUGCAGUAUCUCUACUAUGGAGGUGCAGAGUCACUUCUCAUUAAAAACAAUGAAAUCAUGGAGCUUCUGUCUGCUGCUAAAUUUUUCCAGCUUGAAGCAUUGCAACGACACUGUGAGAUCAUCUGCGCAAAAAGUAUUAACACAGAAAAUUGUGUGGAUAUUUAUAACCAUGCCAAGUUUCUUGGAGUGACGGAACUAGCUUCCUAUUGUGAGGGUUACUUUCUCAAAAAUAUGAUGGUCCUCAUAGAAAAUGAAGCUUUCAAACAGAUGCUGUAUGACAAGAAUGGAGACUCGUCUGCCCAAAACGUACUACAAGAUUUACAGAGGACGUUGGCAUCACGGAUCCAGUCAAUUCAUUUGUCAUCUUCAAAAGGUUCCAUUGUAUAAAGUUCAGGAAGGGCCUGAUGUUUGCAGGGGGAAAGCACUGCAAGUGAAAAUGUUGCUGUUGCAGAUUCUUAAAUGAAUAUAUACAAUAUUUUUUUCUUACAAGAGUACUACAUUGCGGUUGUGGGCCAAAGGUGCUGUCACUUACUUGAAUCUUCUCUUGGACAAGAGGUUGUGAUACGUGUGACUCCUACGCAUUUUUGGAACUACAAGGAUGUAUUGCUGUUCUCUGAAUUGCUGGUCAGAAUCUGAACACAGAAGUACUGUCAUGCAGCUAAUGCCAACAGAAGAUGGGCCAUGUAUAUGAACUGUACAAUAGCAGAAGCCCCUCCUAGAACGAGAAUGCUGUGGAACAAUUGUUUGAUAAAACCAAUGCAUCAGGUUGUUUUUGUGACACAGUGUCAUACUUUUUUUGUGAGACCUGUACUCUCCCUAUUCCAUAGUCCACUGUAUUAUGCAUUUAAGAAACAUAAUAUCUGAUAGUUGCUCUUUAGCAAGAGUCAAAGAACUGGUAAGACUGUUACAAAUGAAUAUGGCAAAUUUUUAGCGGAGGGAACUUUUUAAAAUUGUUCAUAAAAAAAUACAGGGUGGCCUUGUAGGGUUUUUUUUUUCCUUUUCUUAAGCUCCAAAUUUUGCUUUUAACAUAUUUGAGGAUGUAUGUAAGAUGUUACAUUUGUGUUUUGUGUUUUUUAUUUUUGUUUUCUUUUUAAUGGUAAAUUGUACACUGUGUAAACAUACAUCUGAAAAGGUUCUGUUCAUAUGCUUUACUUAAAAAGUGGUAUAAUCUUGUCCAAAUGGCUCAAAGUUACGCCAAAGAGGUGCAUUACCAAGGACUCAGUAGUUUGGGGUGGGGGAAAUCUGCAUGCAAACUGUGGUUUAAGGUUAAAACAGCAAUGAAAUUUUUAACAUGCAUUUGCAUGGAAAUGGUACCUGUGAAAUGUUAUGUUUGUGCUUAAUUUUGCCAAGAAAAAAACACAAUGCAAUGUUAGUUCUUUGUCAAACUCCAUUUGUGAAAUUAUAUUUCAGGUUUUCAUUUUCUGCGGGCUCACAAUUCCUAAGGAGAAGAGUUUUAAAGAUGAUGAUUUCUAGUUAUUACAUGAAAGGAAAGAUCAAUAUUGGGUCAGCAAUUCCAGAGAAAUGUUGCUAUUUUGCUACUGGGCAGAGGUUAUGAAGAAGAUGAUUUAUUUUAAUUAUAUAGUAACUAUGUACUAUAGACUGAUUUCUUUCUGAAUAUUAAGAAUGUGUAAGAAUUUGCUUAUGGAGGCCUAUAACAGGCCUUUUUAGCAAGACAAACCUAUUAAGUGCCACACUGAUUCUUGACCAUUUAUAUUUGAUCAGAUAGUUUUGCAGGGACCACUGUAAAGAACAUUUCCACCAGAAUCCUUAUCAAGUUAAACCUUUUCCUUAGCAAAGUUGUGUUAAUUUGCCUGCCCUGCUCUGUUCCUGGGGAAAUUAUGGCUAGUUCAUAAACUUUGGAAAUUUUCAUGAUGACGGUGUAAAGUAAAUCCUAAGUCUGUUUUAGAAGGUGCUAAUUUACAGAUUUUUGAAAUGCCGAGGAAUCCCUUUUUCUAAUUACUAGACAGAGGUGCUUUAAAUGCCGAAUCCUCUUUUGUCUUUUUAAAUCGUUCCUGCAACAGCACUACAAAAUUGCCUAAAUUACCUGUAAAGUUACAAAGGCAUGGCAUGGUGAAUGAAUAGUGAAGUAAUAUUUUCACCUCCUCCUUACUCCCAGCCCCAUGGUCUGGAAUAAGCAACUUCGCUUUCUGUGAAAGCUGCACUGCAGUGCUUAGAGAGGCAAGAACCUGACCAAUGUUGUUCCUGUUCCCUUGGGGGCUUCCAUUAUAUUUGCCAUGCUUCCCUGGUCUCUGAAAACAGCUGUACACAAGUGAUGUACCCCACCCCAACCUUGACAUUUGCGGGCCUCCUGUUACCUAUUAACUGCCAAGCUGCCAAAGCAUGAACAUUGGGAACACCACAUUAGGAAACGACGUGCAUGUUUUUCACAAGCAACACCAAGAGUUGUCAUCUGUGAAUGUUGUUUAAUAUGGGAGAGUGAGCAGGCCGCUUUUAAAGCUGAAUGCACAUUCUGUUUGGUGUAGCUUAACUGUGCAAAUUUCAAAUGCCAAAAGCAAUUUUUAGCUCCAUGAUACAAUAUGAGGCCACUGUCAAAUUGUGGCUUCUUGCAGGCCAUCAUUCAGCAUGGACCACUUGUGGAGACACACCCUAAGGCAUACUUUUGUUUUGGGACCGGUCUGCAAGGGGAGGAGAGAAGAAUAGAGGGUUGUAUGCAUCCAACUAAAUUUACUCAGUCAGAGUAGACCCAUUGAAAUUAAUAGACCAAAGUUAGCCAUAAUUGUUAAUUUCAAUGAAUUUAGUCUGAGUUGGACUAGCAAUCGAUACAACCCAGAGUCUAUAAACAAGUCUCCCUAAAAAGUUUAGAAAUCUUUGACUAUUUAUUUAGAGUCUCUAUAGCACAAUGGUUUGGAUCGUAAGAUAGCGAAAGGAAGUUCUUGGAAGUCAUGUUUUCUGUCCCCAUCCACUGCCCUCCCCCAAUGCUGCCUGCACCCCAUGGUAUAUUAUUCAGGAAGGCCCUUCUCCCUCUGGAGAGGCUUUCCAAGGGGAUGCAGGCAGGAGUGGAAUUCUGGCUGAAGACGACAACAAGUGACCAUGAAGCCAUGGCCGAAUAGAGGCUUCUUGCAAGUCAUUAUUAUGCAUCUCAGCCAAGAGAGGAGGCAAAAAAUAUACAUGUUCUAGAGCCUGUUGUAGUCUGUUUAAU